AUGUGUAGUACUCACACAGUAUUUCCAGAAGUUUGGGCAGGAGAUCACGAACGUCGUUUGUAUGCAAAAUUGGCCGAUGGCUACAACAAACUCGCUCGUCCAGUGAAAAACGAUAGUGAACCAGUGCUCGUACUACUCGGACUCGAUUUCCAACAAAUACUUGAUGUGGAUGAAAAACAUCAAAUCAUGCACUCAAAUGUGUGGUUACGU